AUGAUUUCUUUUGAUAAAAAAGAUAAGAGAUAUAGUAUAGUCAGUUAUUCAUCAUCAUCUUUCUCAAAAGAUAGUAUUGAUUCUCAACUAUCAAUAAUAGAAAAUUAUUCAAAUAAAGAAUCUGAAAAGAAAAUUACUUGUUCGAAACAAUUUCUAUUUUAUGGUCCAUUAGUGGUAUGUUUAAUUCUUUUAAUAAGUGGAAUUAUUUUAUUUAUGUUUAUUGAACAACAACAUAAUAAACAUGAAAAAGAAGAAAUUAUUAGAAAUAAAAUAAUUUAUCCAUUUACUUCAAUUGCACAUGAUAAUUUUAUGCCUGUUACAUGUUCAUAUAAUAUAUUUGACAAGUAUGAAAUGUAUCGUGCUGCAACGACUUUAAGAUGUGGUAGUUAUCGUUCAUCCUUGAUUCAUAUAUUUUAUUUUAAUUAUUCCCGUCCAAUAAAUUAUAAUGAAAAUAUUGUUAUAAAGAAUACGAGUAUUCCACCAAACGUUCAACUUAAUUUUGAUUUUUUAACAAAAAUGAAUUUUAAUUCAUUUGUUCUUAUUUUACUUGAUCAAAAACAUGCAUUUUUUCCAUCAAUUCUUCUAGUUCUUCAUUGGAUUCGUUACUUUUCAUCAUUUGUAGAAGAUGGAUAUGAUAUUUGUCAAUAUAAAGAUUUGUAUAGUGAGAGGAGUAAGCCUCACUAUAAAAUGGCUUUACUUUAUGCAACAAAUUCUAGUCAGACUAUGAUAACAGCAAAAACGAUAUGUUAUAUAACACUGAAUUGGUCUACAUUAUCUAAAUAUAUAGAAUUCAUUGGACUAGAACUAGUAGCCACAAUGAAAUUUCAAAUUAUUUUAGAUUGA